UAUGUUAAUAUCACUGGGUAUCGGUCUCACACUCACAGCUAUGAAUCGCCUUCACAAGAGGCUCUCACUCUCAAUUCCACCACUGUAUUUCCAUUCAUCAGCACCACCACCACCACCACCACCUUCUCAUCAAACCAACCACCUUACCAAUCUCAUUGAUCACUUCUUAUCAAGCUUUAGUAUAGAUAUCAAAACACUUGUUAAGUAUCAUUCAUUUAUAAUCACAAGUGGUAAUCCCAAUAACAUCUUCAUAACCUCAAAACUAAUCUCUCUUUACUCAUCUUUAAACAAACCAAAUGUAUCAAGUCAAGUUUUCAAUUCUUUUAACGGAUAUAAAGACACAUUCUUAUGGAACUCAAUUAUUAAGUCUCAUUUCUCCAAUGGAGAUUACAUAAACACACUUGAGCAUUUUUCAAAAAUGCAUUCUUCAUCAAUUCUUCCUAACCCUUUUACAAUCCCAAUGAUAGUUACGGCUUCUGCCGAGCUUUCAGAUAUUGAGUUUGGUCGAAUUAUUCACUGUUAUGGUUUGAAGUUUGGGCUUUUAAGAGGUUAUGUUGCAAAUGGAUCUUCUUUUGUUUACAUGUAUUGCAAGUGUAAUGAGUUGAGGGAUGCGGACAACAUGUUUGAUGAAAUGACUGUCAGGGAUGUUGUUUCUUGGACAGCUCUUAUUAAUGGGUAUGUUCACAAUGAUAAAUUUGAGAAAGGGUUGGAGUGUUUUAGAGAAAUGCAUAAAGUUGGCGUAGGAGACGGUGAGAAGCCAAACGUCAGGACUAUUGAUGGUGGGCUGAAAGCUUGUGGGAAUUUGGGUUAUGUGUUAAGUGGUAGAUGUUUACAUGGCUAUAUGGUUAAAACAGGAAAUGGGUAUUCUCAAUUUGUGAAGUCGUCCUUGUUGUCAAUGUAUUCCAAGUGUGGAACUACUGAAGAUGCAACUAUUUCUUUCCUUGAAUUGGAUGAUAAAGAUCUUAUUUCAAUGACAACAAUUAUUGGUGUUUAUGCAAGAAAAGGUCGCAUACGUGAAUGCUUAGAUUUAUUUUGGGCAAUGCAGAAAUCAGAAAUUGAUCCUGAUGAAAUCAUUAUUAGUUGCAUUCUUUCAGGUCUUGGGAACUCUAAGAAGGUUAGUGAAGGCAAGGCUUUUCAUGGCAUGAUCAUUAGGAGAGGUUUUAAGUUAAGUAAAAUGGUUAUUAGUUCUCUCAUUUCUAUGUACAGCAAGUUUGGCUGUUUAAAUAUAGCAGAAAAUCUCUUUGAUAGACUGUUUGAACGGGAUGUAGACUCUUGGAACCAUAUGAUAUCAGGGUACAGUAAGUUAGGGUUGGAAACAAAGUGCUUUGAGCUUUUCAGGGAAAUGCAACAAUUAAGAGUGGAAGCUAAUAAGGACAGUCUAGUUUUAGUUCUGUCGUCAUGUUCUGGAUCGCCAUUGAUAGGACGCUCUGUUCACUGCUAUGCAAUUAAAAAUGGGGAAGAUGCAAACAUUUCAGUUGCAAAUUCAAUUGUGGGAAUGUAUGGGAGAUGUAAAAAUCUAACAGCCGCGAAUAGACUGUUCCAUAGGGUGCAGAAAGACGUCGUCACGUGGAACACAUUGAUUACUGCUUAUACUCAUGGUGGACAUUCAAAUGAGGCUAUAUCGCUGUUCGAACAGAUGAUUUCAGCUGACGUCAAACCUAAUUCAGUGACGUUGAAAACCGUUCUGUCAGCUUGCUCUCAUCAAGCAGCAUUAGAGCAUGGCAAAAGAGUCCAUAGUUACAUCAAAGAAAUGGGUUUGGAGUUUGAUUUAUCUCUUGUUACUUCUCUAGUUGAUAUGUAUGUUAAAUGCGGGGAACUUCAGUUAUCAAGAAAAAUAUUUGAUUCCAUGCCUAAAAGAGAUGUUAUUUCAUGGAAUGUGAUGAUCUCAGGGUAUGGAAUAAAUGGAGAUGCAAAUGCUGCAGUGGAGCUGUUCCAACAGAUGGAAGAUUCGGGUGUUAGACCUAAUGGACUGAGCUUCCUCGCAGUCCUGUUGGCAUGUACUCAUGCAGGUCUUGUCGAAGCAGGAAAGGAUAUAUUCAGUAGGAUGGAACUUUAUGCAAUUCAGCCAACUCUGAAACACUAUGCUUGUAUGGUUGAUCUUCUUGGCCGAGCAGGGUAUCUACAAGAGGCUGAAAAUUUAGUUCUGUCAAUGCCAAUUGUUCCUGAUGGGGGUGUAUGGGGAUCUCUUCUUGCUUGUUGUAGAACUCAUAACGAUGUUGAGAUGGCCGAACGGGUAGCGAAGCGGGCUAUAGAAUUAGAUCCCAAGAACGACGGAUAUUAUAUUUUGAUGGCUAAUAUGUUAAAUUCCAUGGGAAUGUGGGAAAAAGCAGAGAAAGUGAGAGAAGAUAUGAAUAAGAAAGGAGUUAGAAAGAAAGCUGGUUGGAGUGCUAGGGAAUAGUGGUGAAAAUUCAGGCAAGAAGAGCCAUAAAGCAACCGCAGAACUUGACUGUAAGAAAGAAGCGUUUCGAAGGUUUGCAGUCCUAAAUAUGCUUUUCUAACAAGGGCUGUUGUACAGGACAAACAGAUACUCUAAAUGAUAUAAAUUUGUAAAAAUUACGUCAUGCCAACGUCGUUAUUGAGGCAGAGUUCAGCUGUCUGAUCUGUCGGAAAGUGAUGCUCUCCCGCUUACAACUCCUUUAUGCCCACAACUGCUGAGAGCCAUGUUUGGAAGGUGCCUUUUCUGGUCAUAUUAUUUUUGCAAGAGAGUUUGUCAGUGGUAACGGCCUCUCCUAGCACAGUAAACUGUCAUGAAGUGACCCCUCUACGACGUCUGACACCUCUGAUUUUGUUCAGAACUCAUAGAUUGUUGUUUCAGGCUGGAAGAUUUGAAGCGUUUUAAGUAAGGUCGUCCACCAUCCUAUAGCAGUGCAACAUAGCCCAGCCAUCAACAUCUCUCUCACCCUGCCGCUACUACUCAUGGUUAACUACGGGAAGGUCUCUUAGCAACACCCAUACAUCAAAAAGUGGACCUGGCAGUUCAUCUGGAUGUUUAGAUACAAUGAAGCUGGACUUGGCCAUUAAUGGCCUAACUUGUGCUGGGUUGGUGGUUGUGCUUGUGCUAAUUGCCAUAAUUGCCUCCUACUCCGUUUGGAGCCUUAGCCAUCUGACCUGUUUGGUGGUUAAACUUCAAGUGAUUUGUGGUAUUCUGCUGCAUCAUCUUAAAGUGCUCUGCCUCAAGAUGUCGUUUGCGUCAUCUGGUAUAUAUGUUCAUUUGAGAUGGUUGCUGUAACCUUAACUUUAAAAUCAUAAUCCCUGCAACAUUAUGUGGUAAAAUAUACACGAACUUACUAUUCCUUAUCUUUGAUAAUAGCAGUGUACUGUAAUGAGGAUGACUGUUAUUACAGUUGAUACAAACAGAUUGGUCAGUGUGUGCAACACACGUGAGUCUGUAAGAGAGUCAUG